GCGCUGGUUUAUAGGGGAAAAGGUAGAAGUCCUGCGAAUGCGGAUUUUUACUAACGCUGUGCAAGCCGCGUGCAGGUUAGCGCAUCGAGAGAUCGGCUUUGCACGAAGUGGCGAGUGGUGUUUAAGGAAUUUCUCGGCUAGCGGAAACUUAUUUCGUACCUUUAACUGGGGCUCGGCUAAAAAACAUCGAAAAGUGAAAUUACGGUUCCCGUGCGAUAUGACGAAUCCCAAAAUCGAGGAAGAACUGGCUCCGUUGAGAGCAAGUGUCAAAGAACAAGGAGAUUUGGUUCGGAAACUGAAAGCCGAUGGAGCGCCAGAAUUGGAUGUUAAGAAAGCCGUUGCGGAACUUAAGGUUCGCAAAAAGGUAUUGGAGGAAAAAGAGUUAUCCCUUGUUCCCGACUCUGCCACAUUUGAUAGAUCAAGGAUGGAAGAUCUCUUGAAAAGGAGAUUCUUUUUUGAUCAGUCGUUUGCAAUCUAUGGUGGAAUCACAGGUCAAUAUGACUUUGGACCUAUGGGCUGUGCUUUAAAAGCAAACAUAUUAAGCGUUUGGAGAAACUUCUUUGUACUAGAGGAGCAAAUGCUGGAAGUUGAUUGUUCGAUUCUGACACCUGAGCCAGUACUUAAGGCAUCGGGCCACGUGGAUCGAUUUGCAGAUUUGAUGGUAAAGGAUGUUAAGUCUGGGGAAUGCUUUAGACUCGACCAUUUAAUUAAAGCACAUUUAGAAACGAUCAUAGUUAACAAGAAAACCGAGGAAUCUGUUCGUGAGGAAUGUAGAGAUAUUGUAGUUAAAUUAGAUGGCAUGUCUAAAAAUGAAAUGGCUGCAGUGCUGAAAAAGUAUGACAUGAAAUCACCAAUUUCUGGAAAUGAUCUGACAGAGCCGAUAGAGUUUAAUUUAAUGUUUGGUACUCAAAUAGGACCAUCUGGGUUGAUAAAAGGUUUCUUGAGACCGGAAACUGCUCAGGGUAUUUUUGUGAAUUUUAAGAGAUUAUUAGAAUUCAAUCAAGAGAAACUGCCAUUUGCAGCUGCGCAAAUUGGGAAUGCAUUUAGAAACGAGAUCUCUCCACGAUCUGGUCUUAUUCGAGUAAGAGAAUUCACUAUGGCAGAGAUUGAGCAUUUCUGUGAUCCUACGGAUAAGAGUCAUCCAAAAUUCGAGGAAGUUAAAGAUACAACUUUGCUUCUUUAUUCUGCUUGUAAUCAAAUGGAUGGCAAAAGUGCACAGUACUCUACAAUUGGAGACGCAGUUGCAACAGGGCUCGUGGCAAAUGAGACGUUAGGGUACUUCAUUGCAAGAAUUCAACAAUUUCUGUUGAAAGUAGGUGUCGAUCCUCAGAAACUGCGAUUUCGACAGCACAUGGGGAAUGAGAUGGCUCAUUAUGCUACAGAUUGUUGGGAUGCCGAGUGCCUCACUUCAUAUGGGUGGAUAGAAUGCGUGGGCUGUGCAGAUAGAUCGGCAUAUGAUCUGACGCAACAUACCAAAGCCACAGGUGUAAAACUAGUGGUACUAAAGAAAUUGGCUGAGCCACGUACUAUUGAACUUACAGAAGCUACUCCAUAUAAAAACAUUCUUGGCAAAGCAUUUAAGAAAAAUGCUAAAGUUGUUACGCAUGCAUUGGCUACGUUAGACAAGGACAGCAUCGAAGCAAUGGAAAAGGAUAUUAGUGAAAACGGGAAGUACAACUUAACAUUGUCUGAUGGAACAGUGGUAAAAAUUGCAAAGGACAUGGUUUCUAUUCGACGUUAUCAAAAAACCGAACAUGUAGAAGAGAUAAUACCAUCGGUCAUAGAACCAUCAUUUGGAAUUGGUCGGGUCAUGUAUGCUCUCUUUGAGCAUAACUUUAGGACAAGAGUUGGGGAUGAACAAAGGACAUUUCUGAGCUUACCUCCGACCAUAGCACCCCUGAAGUGUUCCGUCUUACCUCUCAGCACGAAUGCCGAGUUUGUUCCAUUUGUAAAAAAAUUGUCCCAGGAGUUAACAAAAGUGGAUGUCUCCCAUAAAGUUGACACUUCUAGUGGCAGUAUCGGACGCAGGUAUGCUCGAACCGAUGAAAUAGCUAUACCUUUUGGUAUCACCGUGGACUUCGAUUCGUUGAAGACUCCACAUAGUGCUACUCUCCGAGAAAGAGAUAGCAUGCAACAAGUUAGAAUUAAUUUAGAGGAACUCCCAGGAGUAGUUCGAGAUCUGGCUUAUGGCAAAACUAUGUGGGAGGAGGUGGAAGCCAAGUAUCCUAAAUUUGAACAACAAGAGACAACAACAGUUUAGUCGAUUAUUUAACUUAUUUAGUAUCCGCAAGUGUUAAAUUAAUUGGGAAUUGUCAGCAUACUGCGAUGGAUUUAAUAAUGCACCGCCACUAUGCUGUGUUCAUACUUCAGUGGAACUCCAUGCUUAGCUUGACAUCCUAAGCAAACAUUUACAGAGAAAGCGCAUAUUAUACAUAAAUUAUUUUUUGCGAUAAUCAUCGUAAAUAAUUAUUUAAAACCUAGGAGCAUUUUCUUCUUAUCAAAGCUAUUCUAUGUUCUGUAAAGAUAAUAAAUUUUGUUACCAUUUUUUACACAGCUGUGGCAUAGCGAGGGAAUUUAUAUCAUAGUUGAAAAUAAAACUCCACUUCAUGUUUGUUUAACAUGGAUACAAACUAAUUUCGAACGUGACGCCCAUUUCGUCGAAGUCUUGUUUAAAGCAAUACAAUAAGCAUUCUAUACUUUUCGUGCACUUGCUUCGAUCCAUCUCAGCACCGAUAACAUCUUGUAGUUGUAAGUUAACAUGUUUAACAUCUACAAAUGAGAAAAAAGGACCGAUAGGUAAU